UGAUUCAUUAAUUCUUGGAUUUUAGGGGCUCUGGGUUUUCAUUAGAGAAGUCAUUUUGUCUUAAAUGGGGUUUGUUGGAAAGAUGUGUCAGUGACAUGAAGAAGACGAACAACAACAAUAUGCUUGCAAUAAAUGUUUUUACCUUCAUCUAACACCACACACAACUAGUGUUUUUUCAUACCUUUCAGAAAAGUCACUACAGUGAACACGAGGAGAUUCCUCAACACAGAACAAUGUCUUCUUCUUUGAUCUUCACUCUCAUUCUCUUACUCAGCCUCUAUUCCUCCUUCUCUUCUGCUUCUCUACAUAAUGCUACAGACAAAAGUGUGACUCUCCGGCCUCAAAAUGAGAUUAAGAAGCUGAAACUCAUCAGAGAACACCUUCAAAAGAUCAAUAAACCCGCCGUUAAGACCAUUCAGAGCUCAGAUGGAGAUAUAAUAGAUUGUGUUCCAUCUCAUCACCAGCCAGCUUUUGAUCAUCCCUUGUUACAAGGACAAAGACCAAUGGAUCCCCCAGAGAUGCCCAAAGGGCAUAGCCAAGAAAAUGAAUCCCAUGAAGAUUUUCAGCUUUGGAGUUUAACCGGUGAGUUUUGUCCAGAAGGUACGAUCCCGAUCAGAAGAACAACGGAGCAAGACAUGUUACGAGCAAGUUCUGUCCGUAGAUUUGGUCGGAAAAUAAGGCGCGUGAGAAGGGACUCGAGCAGUAAUGGCCACGAGCAUGCGGUGGGAUACGUAUCGGGAAGUAAAUACUACGGAGCAAAAGCGAGUAUAAACGUGUGGACGCCACAUGUAAAUAGCCAAAACGAGUUUAGUCUAUCUCAGAUUUGGGUCAUCGCCGGUUCUUUCGCCGACGAUCUUAAUACCAUCGAAGCUGGUUGGCAGGUUAGCCCGGAGCUCUACGGAGAUACUAACCCAAGAUUCUUCACCUAUUGGACGUCGGAUGCGUACCAGGCAACGGGAUGCUAUAACCUAUUGUGUUCUGGUUUUAUUCAGACAAAUAAUAGAAUUGCGAUAGGAGCUGCUAUUUCUCCGGUUUCGUCAUAUAAAGGUGGACAAUUCGAUAUAAGUCUAUUGAUAUGGAAGGACCCAAAACACGGGCACUGGUGGCUCCAAUUCGGGUCGGGUACACUAGUCGGGUAUUGGCCGGUAUCUUUGUUUACGCACUUGAUGGAGCAUGGGAACAUGGUCCAGUUCGGUGGCGAGAUAGUGAACACACGACCUGAUGGUUCACAUACUUCGACUCAAAUGGGAAGUGGUCAUUUUGCGGGCGAAGGUUUUGGAAAAGCAUCUUACUUUAGGAAUCUUGAGGUGGUAGAUUGGGACAAUACUCUUAUUCCGAUAUCUAAUCUUAGAGUUCUUGCGGAUCAUCCGAAUUGUUAUGACAUAAGAGGAGGAGUUAACCGGGUUUGGGGUAACUAUUUUUAUUAUGGAGGACCUGGUAAAAACUCGAAAUGUCCAUAA